UUUUACGGUAGUACUACUGUAGCAGCAUCGGAUAUGCAAUCACAUUUGGAUAGCAUGCUAAGAGUAAAAUCCGUUCUGGAGAAAUCUUUAUUUACGUGAAUUACAACAAAAAUUCAAUAAACAGUGGAUGUGAGAUUCGCCAUUAUUUCUGUGGAAUUAUUUAUAUACAUUCAUAUCAUGCUGUUAGUUACAGGCCUGGAGCACGUACUCACUGGAAGCAGUGGACAAAGUUUCCCAUUUGGAUUAUCGUAGUGUACAUGGGUUUUACACGUAUGCAGCUUAGCGUAUCUGUCCCAGUUGUUUCUCAUAUACAACUCACACAACCAGUCACAGUGACGAUCAGCAUGGUCUAUGAUAGCAUAUUUAUCUAUCCGUAAAAUCAUUCUUCGAACUUCUCAAUUUUCACACAGUGGUAACAUACAUGAGAUAUAAAACAUGGAAUAACGACCAGGACGAGUUCUAGGCAGACGAUUGAUACCAUAGUGCUUUCGAGGCAGCUGUCGUCUGCUUCUGUGAUUCUAAGGAAAGGAGCAAAUAGGAAAGGGGAUUUUAAUGCUCUGAAAUCCCUCUAUUUCAAUUUAUUGGAUUAAUUCACCACAUAGAUAAAAUGGGGUGGAUAACAAGACUGGCAGCACUUGCCACUUUCAUCAAUGUUAUAAAUUCACAGCUUAUACCAAGUGGUCACAGUAUUUGUGGACAAAUAAGACCCGGUGAUGAUGACUUAAAAGCAUUUGAUUUUAUAUCUAACUUCCAGUUAGAUAAAGCACGUGAGCUGAGAAUAAGGGGAGUGACUCGUACGCGUGGGUCUAAUACAUACCAACAAGCAUACAAACUAAAACGAUCGGCGAAAAAGAAGCAACUAUCUGUAGCAACAAGGACAAUGUUUCCGCUCGGAAUGCCAGAGGAGUUUUCCUUUGGAGCCACCUACAGGUUGCAGGGACUAGCCAGACGGAUGGUGUGGAACAUGGUAGACUUUCAAAGCUCAAGUGGUCAGUCAGAAUUUGCAGUUAGAUUCGACGCCCCGGCAAAAAGCAUUGCUCUAGUUUUUAAAGAUGCUCGCAACGCUCAAACGACCUUAACAUUCGACCACAGGAAGGUUAGGAAGGCAUUUAACAACGAAUGGCAUAAGAUCCACAUCAAGGUCACUCGGACGCUUACAACGCUGUUCAUAGACUGUCAGGACAUCCAAACAAUUCAAAUGGUGGCGAGGUCACAGGUCGAUAUCAACGGGGACAUUGUCCUGGCCCAACCAGUUAACGAGCUUGACGGAAGGACAGUUCCGUUUGAACUUCAGUGGUUGGUCAUUCAUUGUGAUCCGUCUAAACACCAGCGCGAGAACUGUGAUGAACUCCCGAGCGAGUCGAGAAACUACAUGAGCGAGCAGAGAAGAGGAGACAUGGGUUGUUCAGUUCAGUGUCCAGCAGGACAACGUGGAUUAAAUGGAACAAAUGGAGCUCCCGGCCGAAAUGGUCGCGACGGUCUAGAUGGGAUUGAUGGAUCAAUGGGACCAAAGGGGGAGGAAGGAGAGCGUGGUCCGGCAGGUAGAGAUGGCAAAGCUGGUAAGGCCGGAACUGCUGGCAAACCUGGACCUCAGGGUCCGAGAGGUGCCGAAGGAUCUCAGGGAGAGGACGGUGUUCAGGGUGAAGCUGGAAUACCUGGCUUGGACGGCACAGAUGGAAAACCUGGCGAAAUUGGUCCUCCUGGAGAAAGGGGUGAACGGGGACGAGAUGGACAGCCAGGAACAUCCGGUAUACCCGGUAAGACAGGCAGGCCUGGCGAAAGUGUGGCCGGUCCUAUGGGUCCUGAAGGACCACAGGGCCCUCAAGGCAAUCCGGGAACACAGGGCGUGACUGGGCAAAGAGGUGAACGAGGAGAGAAAGGAAACCAGGGUGAACGGGGACUACAGGGCGAUUCCGGUGAACAAGGUCCUCGAGGCUUUAAUGGUGCAGAUGGAGUAACGGGGAAGCAGGGUAUCCAGGGACCCCCUGGGCCACCAGGGCCAGUGGGCCAAGUUCUCGAAUCCGAUGUGUCCAAUCACAUUCCAGUACAGGGCCCAGCCGGACCUAUGGGACCCGCAGGACCCCAGGGAGAUAUAGGGCCAAAGGGUGACAGAGGAGAAAAUGGAGAUGAAGGGAAAAGAGGACUGAAGGGUGACAAAGGAAAUGAUGGCCCUAUGGGUAUUCCGGGUAUAGACGGUAUUCCGGGAGUAUCUGGAGAACCAGGUGUUAUUGGACCUCAGGGACGACCGGGCGAAACGGGGCCUAAGGGCGAGAGGGGAAACGACGGUACUGAUGGCGAACAAGGAUUGCAGGGUCUACCAGGAUUACAGGGUGAACAUGGCGAGAAGGGAACCACGGGUGAAAGGGGACUUCCUGGUCCCCCAGGUGAAAGUUCAAUGUUCGGUCGAGGAAGAGAAGACCCGGGUCCCCCUGGCAACCCCGGACCACGUGGCCCACCAGGAACAAAGGGAGAGGAGGGAUUAUCUGGACCUGCUGGACCUCCAGGACAACCAGGCAAUGAUGGAGAAGCCGGUACCCCAGGUUUACCAGGAGAAUCCGGUCCUUCAGGAGACAUGGGACCCACCGGAGAACGUGGACCGAUGGGCGAUACAGGAUCACGCGGUCCACUGGGCCCUCACGGACAGGAAGGACCUCCCGGAAUGCCUGGGCGUGAAGGAGACAGGGGUGACCAAGGGGAGCCAGGACCAGUUGGACAGCCAGGAAUUCCAGGCAUGGAUGGAAGACCUGGUCAAGAAGGACCCAUGGGCCCAAUGGGCAACCCAGGUCCCCAAGGAUUGAGGGGUGCAGUCGGACAGGCAGGGCCACCCGGUCCACCUGGACAAGAUGGCGUGUUCAGUGGAGAUCUGAGUGCUUAUUAUGCCUCCCUCACCCAUCCGGAAACCCAAGGACAAAUGGGACCACCGGUAAGUUUAUGUAAGCAUGGACCACCAGGACACACGGGACCAUCAGGCCCAGUUGGUUCCACGGGAUUACCAGGAGAACGAGGCGCGCCAGGUGAGCGGGGACCAGCGGGAGCCACAGGAGCACCCGGUGUGCCCGGGUUAUCUGGACCCCCCGGCCAGGCCGGCACCCGAGGUCUCAGGGGCCAGCCUGGUAUGCCAGGAAUCCCAGGAUUGCCCGGACGAAGUGUAAGCGACACAGAAGUUAAAGAGAUUUGUUUCCAGAUUCUUCGUGAAAAUAUGGAGGAGAUAACAGCAGACUUGCGUGGACCUCCAGGUUUACCUGGUAUCGGUACUCCAGGCAGACAAGGACCACCAGGCAGGAACGGCAUUCAAGGUGAGCGUGGACCACAAGGAGGGUCGGGAGAGCGAGGAAUGAUGGGCGUACCUGGACUGCCGGGAGCCCAGGGUCCACUCGGUUCCAUGGGCGAGAAAGGACCGAAGGGAGACAGGGGUAACACAGGGAAAGGACAGAGGGGUCGUCAAGGGGAACCUGGGCCUCCAGGCCCACCGGGUCCCACAGGAGAAGGAAUCCAAGGUAGACCUGGAGAUCGUGGACCACCAGGUGUUUCUGGCAUGCACGGUCGCCGAGGUUUGGCCGGGCCUCCGGGUCCCCCGGGAUACUGCGAGUUCUGUAACUUUGCCGCUGGCACAGGAUCCCAGCAGGGCCCGGAGUACAUGACACUUGGUCAGGCCAAUGGUAUCAAGGGACCUUAGGAAAAUCUCAAUCAGUGACGAUAAUCUUGUGAUAUCACCUGUAGUUUCAUUACCAUCAAAACACCUUGACCAUCCGUAUCGCUUCCAUUCUGUCAUCCCAAUUCUCUUUAAUACCUCACGCCAGUGCCUUUCCUUUUAAAUAGUCCCAAAACAAAGCAUAAUAUUUAUCUUUUAUAACUUCAUUAUAGCUUAUAGAAUCUAUCGUGUUGGUAUUGCUAUGUUAUACAUAUAUAUCAUUCUUUAGCAUUUCCCCUUUUCCGUUCUUAGCUUUUCCGCAACCUCCCUUCUCUCAUUUAUCAUUCAUGUAUGCAAGAUUGUAUGUGUAUUCAUGCUCCGCAUUUCCAAGUGUAUCCCUUAAGCAGAACGUCAUGAUUGCUGUGUGACGGGAGAUCUGUACAGCUUCAUUUGUUUCGUUUUUGCCUCAAUACCGUUUGUUUAUUUCGCCUCCAUUCAGUUCUAUUUUGCCUGUGCCAUUUUUAUUAUUAUUUUCCUUGUUUUGUUUUGUUCUUUCCCGGUUGUUGUGUUGACGUUGUGCUUUUACAUAUACCUAAGAACAUAAAAGAACUGUAUGAAUGCACUACUCCCAAUUAUGUAUGCAAAGUAGUUGUAUUAGUGAUUUUAUACAUUGCCAUGCCUAAGCUCCGCCCAAAUGGAUGCAUAAGCCCCUCCCACUUGGACACCUUAGCUCCUCCCAGGUCGAUGGUGGCACCCAUGGAAGCCUGAAAUACUUUGUUUCAAUGUAACAUGCUUUUUAUUGAAAUAAAACCAGGUAAUACUAACACUCACACUUAAUUAACGUCUAUCUUGAAAAUACAAUGACUUUUUUUCAAAUUACAUAUGUAACAAUCUAAUUAUCGCAUAUAAACUUUUUUUUCUUUUUUUUUUAUAAAUAACUCCUAUCAAAUUUUUUUUGUCUAAAAUAACAAUUUGAAUACGAUAUUAUAAGGAAAACAAGCUUAAAGCCUAAGCAUCCCUUUCUGCUAGUUGUUUAUAGUGCUGACACUUUUGCAGCUAAUCAAGGGGUAACUGCUGAAGUGUGUUCGUUCCUUUUUCUUUGAAAAUGAUAUCGAAGGCCAGUAUUGCAUUGAAAACAGAUUUGCAUGUAUGAUCAUUUUCGAAAUGUAUUGCACACGUGAUGUAUCAUUUAGAGGUCACCUAAAAACCACAAGAACGAGGUCAGAGAUGUUACACCACGUUCUAGUUUUCAUAUACAGCAUGGAAACAAAUGACGACGACGAAAAAAAAUGCUUACAAUUGCAUGUCUGUAAAUCUGAUUUUACUCUUUAAUUUUUUUAUAAUUUUUUUUUAUUAAAAAUAUUAAUUUUCGUCAAAAAACACAGUAUAUAUAUUUAUUCACUCAGGGAAACUCGUCUGAUAUUGACAAUCACUUUCACUCUAUUUUUCUCCGGGUGAGGUGCACUCUUCAAUACUCUUAACAUCACGACACUCUAAGGCUUGUUAACGAAUUUGUGCGUGGAAAUUAAAUUUUGCAUGUUGAAUGCCUUACGAUAAUAUCAAUGUGUACUAAAUGCUAGCGUUCUAUUUGCCUUUAUGAUUAUGCUUGUAUUUCCUUCCUUUCACCAAUAGUGGCUAACACAUUUCACAUUCUCUUUACCUCCGCUACUAACCUUCACUUUGGUGGUGAUGACACACUCACUCCUCACACUACAGGCUUACCUGGUUGGGGUGUUGUUGAGGUUCCUAGGGGUAUCAAACCUUGCCGAUCUUUCUGUUUUCUCUUUGUGAAAUCCCGUGAUAUCGCGAGAGGAACCCCGGUACUCCCAAAAACAAUGGCGGAACAAGACUUUCUUAUAUUCGGUGCAGAAAAUGAAACUUUCUUAUCGUUUUGUGAUGGAGGGAUUGACAUUUCUUAUAAGGUUGUGACUUGUCGGAAUGUCCAUUUUUUCGACACUUUAUGAGUUUUUGUUUUUUUUGUUUUUUGGAAAGGCGGAAAUAGAACAGUUCUGCAAAAGUGCCUUCUGUCAGAGCGAUAUAUCUCUGAAUACACUCUUCUUUCUAUCUCAUACGUCCAUCCUAGCUGUUGAAGCUGAUCAUCUUGAGACAAAGUCCACCUCGAGACAGUUUCAUUGUCCAUGUCUGUACAUUCUCAUUGAUGUGUGUGUCCGUGUGUUGUGUGAUUCGUCGGUACCUUAUCUGCGUGUAUGCCUUGAACAAUUGAGAAAUUGGAUUAUAAAUAUUUGAUAUAGCAGAUCUGAUUCAUGGUACGUUGUGCUAGAGAAAAAUAGUGGAAGUUCCAGGUGACUUGUCGCGUAGCAGGUAAUAUAUUGUGUAAGCAAUAUCUUACUUGCUGUGUGAAUUAAGUUCCGUGGCACUUACACGCGUUGUAUCUAACAUGGCAUUGUGCAAGUAAUGAAUUAAUUGACGAUACUGAAGAUGAAAUGAUUCCUGAAUUGUAGCAAACAGUAGGCAUCAUCAAUUGUUUUUCUUGUUUGAUUUUAAUUUUGGAAUAUAUUCUUUAGCCAUUUGGUUCCAUUACACAACUCUGAUUUCCUUUGACGGAGAUCUUGAUAUCUAUUUUGGAUAUUUUUCCUUCAAAAGAAAUUAGUCAGGUUUUGGUUGCUACGACUGAAAAAACAAUGCAGUAGCAAAUGACGCCUCAGGUCUCAAGUAGAUUGUAAAAUUGGGAUGAACCAGUUUAUAAAUGCAAUCAUUCUUGAACCAAAAGAUGAUUUAAGUCUGACUGAAGAUUCCCAUUUAACCAAAAAUGUGAAAGGUAAUAUAUGUUGGGGAUAAACGAUAUACUGUAGGUCAGUUUUUAAUGACAGCAUAACUUAUCUGUAAAGCGUCUAUGUGAUUAUGACGUAAUAGUUACUUAUCGCUUAAAUGUACGUAAAUAAUCAAUGAUAUGAAAGUUGUAUAUAUACUAUUUAAAAAAAUAUUCAUUAAGUUUAUGUUCAUAGGAUUUAACCGUAAAUGUCUCUCAUAUUAUAUGUAGUCUUUCAACGUGGUGUUUAAAUCACAUGAACCAUUUCAUGACAUGAACCAGCUAGAAUCCAAAAACAUAUACUUGUUAAAUAAUGUUUAGCAUAAGGACACUAAUCGGUCAUUCAAAAAUGUGUAAAUAUUAUUUAAAAGAAUUGAUUUUGUAGUAACUAGAUUUUAGAAUAUUAGCUAUAGCAUUGUUUCUGCGUUUGUCAACUUUUAACAGUAAAUGAUAUUAAAGUGAAAGUGUUUAACAACUUUUGCUUGAGAAAUUUUGUAUAACAAAAUGAAUGUGCUUUUUCUUA